CGGAUGUUAUUACAUCGUAGCAACCGUUUGAUUACUCGUUAUUCUAACACUGGCAAGUGUAGCUGUCUUUUUUUAUUCCGUUUCAUCGUUAAAUUAAAUCGGCAAAAUGUCUGAUAUGGGAUCUGAAGAAAUGGAUGAGGAGCAGGGGCCAUACUUAGGCGAAUAUGAAGGGGGAAGAAAUGAAAGAGAUGAGAGGCAUGGUCAAGGAAAAGCUACACUGCCAAAUGGUGAUACAUAUGAAGGCAUGUAUGAAAAUGGUAAAAGACACGGUCAUGGCAUUUACAGAUUCAAGAAUGGUUCAAGAUACACUGGUGAAUAUAUAAAAAAUAAGAAACAUGGCAAUGGAACCUUUAUAUAUCCAGAUGGUUCAAGAUAUGAAGGCAGCUGGGUAGAUGACCAAAGAUGUGGUUUCGGUAAAUAUUUUUACGUCAAUGGUGAUAUAUACGAGGGAGAAUGGUUGAAUCAUGUCAGACACGGUCAAGGUACUUACACAUACGCUGCUACCGGAACUAAAUAUGUAGGUACAUGGAACACUGGAAAGAGAGACGGACAUGGUGAACUUGUACAUGCCAAUCAUAAAUAUGUAGGAGUUUUCCGUGAAGAUAGACCAAUGGGAAAAGGCAAAUAUGUAUUUGAUAUUGGAUGUGAACAGCAUGGUGAAUAUCUUGGCAUUGAACAGGAUAAGGAAGAAAAGGGUGAGGAAGAUGAAGGCCAGGUAAAUAUAAUCUCAAAAUGGAAAGCUGGGCAGACAACAGGUAUACACCUGGCUUCGGAAGAUGAUGAUUUAGAAGAUAUUCAGCCAGAGGGCAGAACGACGGCGACUGACGAACAACCCUCAGAACAAGAAGUAGCAAAAACACCUGAACAAACUGAGACACAAGAACAGGCAGAAAAACCACCAUCUCCAGUUCAGGCUGAGAAAACAGCCGAAAAUGAAGAUGGUGCAGGGAACCAGGAAGAGGAAGCACCUGCCGAGCAGAAACAGGAACCAGCCGAUUCUGGAAAUCAAGAAGAGACUCCGGCAGAAUCAUAAAAAAAAAACAAUAUUUAAUUAAUUUAUCACAUUCUUUUAAAACUGACGGAUAAUAAAAUAAAAUAUUUAUUAUAUAUCUUAGAUGUUUUAUAUAUUAAAUAUAUAUCUAACGAAAGGAAUACGAUAACAGUAUUACAUUUUUGAUGAUACAUGUAAUAGUGGUUUUAAUCAGCAAUGCACCAUUGUGAAAUAUGCGUUUCAUUGCAAAGGCUACCAAAUAUAGGUCAAAUCUGACAAGUAGGAAUUCUGGACAAGUUGCUCAUUAUAACAGUACUUUUCUUGUGUCCCAGCUAAAUGUGUUGUGAAUUUGUUACAUAUGAACUGCUCUUUAUCUAUUAUCAUUCAAAUCUUUAUUGAAUUCCAUUUUGCAUGAUUCUUUUUUUACAAAAAAAAAAUAAAAUGUUACAUAUAUAG